UGCCAAAUCGAUCAUUUAUUUCACUCGCAGAAGGAAAACUAUUGCGGUAUAGUGAGUGCUCUACUCGUGAGUCGUUUCGUGUCAGUUAAAAUAGUUGUGUUGUGUUGUGAAGAGACGAAUUAUGACAAAUUCGAUGAAAAAUAUGGAGCGGUUGCUCUGGGCAUUCGUUAAAUAACACGCGUUCUUGCGUGAGGUGAAUACCAGGCUGCCAGUCAAACAUUGCAAGUAAAAUCCGCUGGGCUUUCUCGACACAAAUAGGUAAACUAAGAAAAUUAGCUGAUGUGAAUUGAACACACCUUGAAACACAGAAAAUUGAAAGAGAAAAACAGUGAGAAAAAGAAAACAUAGUAAUAUGCAGCGGAUGUGCUUUGUAGAGAACAAAGAGGAGGAGCAACUAGAGGUGCCACGUGAGACUAACUUCAUCGAGGUGGCGACUGAACAUACAUCAUCAGACAUGAGGGGAUCUAAAAGAGACUGGAUUUUUAGAGUCCAGGUAGAUAAAUUAGAAAAAAAUGAAGUUCUAUAUGUGGUGGGUAAUUUACCUGAACUGGGUGCUUGGAAUCACAAUCAGGCAAUUCAAUUGUCGCAAGAACAUGGCAGUCGGGAUUCUCCUAUACUUUUUGAUAAUAACAGUAGCUUUUACAGUGAUGAUGGACAUGAAAAUGCUGGAGAUACAUUUGGUGAUGAUGAAGGUGGACAGAUAUUUUCACAAAAAGUUGCACUUCCUAUUGAUGCUGAUGUCGAAUUUCGAUAUUUCGUUGCUGUUAUCUGUCAAUCUAAUGGUACUAAAAAUUCGGCCAAGACUCUCAUUAUUCGCAGAUGGGAGACUCAUAUGAUACCACGUUUUAUUAAAAAAAACACCUCUAGCAAUUUUACCAGUGAUACAUUGCCAAGUCCUGAGAAGUUCGGAUAUUACAAUGGCUACCUCAAAAGUGAACGGGGUUGGUUGACAGAUGAAACUGUGAUACAAUUUAAGCUUUUUAAUAAUCCGAUUAAGUUGUGGAAAAAUCGACUACAAAAUAGAAAAGUUCAUAUUAAGAUGACACCUGUAAAUCUAGUUAGGCACAAUUCCUUAGAAUUACAACAAUUCGGAGGCGAUUGUGUAGAUGAUAGUCUUUCUAUGGAUACGCAAGACAUUGUUGACCAACCUGCCUUUAGUAUUACAGAAAUUGCGGCAAUGAAUGAUGAAGAAGCUCAUUUCAAGAUGCAGGAGCAAUUUGGUCGAGCUUAUAACGAAGACGAAUUUAUUAUCUUCAAUGUUGCAGUCCGAUAUCCUGAAACUAUUGCAUAUUUAGUGGACUACUACGUGUACAGCUCAAGGUGUUUUCCAGGAGAACCACCGAGUCAUAUUGGUUUCAGCUACAUCUUGCCUAGCACAUUACAGUCCAGUGUUGGGCUUUUAACAGUACCAAUUACAAGCACAAAACAUAGACCAAUCGGACAACUUACAUUGGAGUAUGUUGUAAUAAAAUCAAUUCCGGAUUAUCCAUGGGACAUGAGUAUUUCAUAUGCAAAACAUUGGGAACAACGGUGGUCUGGCCUGGAUGUAGGACAUAGAGGUUUAGGUACAUCUUUCCAAACAAAAAACUGUGCUAAUGUACGUGAAAAUACAAUAGCUUCUUUAAAGACUGCAUCGUAUCAUGGAGCUGAUAUGGUUGAAUUUGACGUUCAAUUAUCUAAAGAUCAUAUACCGGUCAUAUAUCACGAUUUUUAUGUUUCUAUUUCAUUGAAACGUAAGAAACAAAUAGAAGCUAUGGACAUGUUGGAAAUACCUGUUAAGGACCUUACACUAGAACAACUACAUUUAUUAAAGGAUUUUUAUUACCCUGGAGACUCGUUGGGUAAGGUGCUGUAUUUCGUUGAUAAAGCUGAGCAGGGGGUUAACCAACUGGUUUAUCACGUGGCUGAAGGUCGAGAAAAAAAUCCAAAAUUUUUUGAUGAAGAUCUAGAAGAUCAUCAACCAUUUCCGACACUACAAACCGUAUUGCAGGAAUUAGAACAACAUGUUGGAUGCAAUAUUGAAAUUAAAUGGACUAUGCAGUUGAAGGACGGUACGUUCGAGCUUAACCAUCCUUUCGAUCUCAAUCUAUAUUUGGAUAUUAUAUUAAAAGUCGUCUUAGAAUAUGGAGGAGAUAGGAAAAUCGUCUUCUCAUCAUUUAACCCAGAUAUUUGUGCCAUGAUCCGUCUUAAACAAAAUAAGUAUCCAGUAGUAUUUUUAACACAAGGAAUUACUUCAAAAUAUCCUACUUAUCAUGAUCCGAGAUGUCAAACAGUACCAAUGGCUGUCAGACACGCAUUAGCUGCUGAUAUCUUAGGAAUUAAUGUCCAUACCGAAGAUAUUCUUCGAGAUCCGUCGCAAGUUAAAUUUGUAAAGGAUGCUGGUUUAAUCAUUUUUUGUUGGGGAGAUGACAAUAACGAUAAAGAUACGAUUAAACAUUUAAAGAAACUUGGUUUGCAUGCAGUCAUCUAUGACAAAAUUGAUGAAUAUAACGCAAAGGAAGUUAAGGAAAGUAUAUUUUUGGUUGAUGCAAGAGAAAAUCAAAAGGCACUAAUUGCUUUGGCACAUCAAAAUUGUCCAUCACAGCCUCAAAUUAAUAAUUCUUUAAACACAGAGAAGGAUUAUUAUAUGGAUGUUGAUAAUUCGCAAAAUAUGAUUACAACUACGUCAACUGCAACUUCACUUGCAUCUUUUGGUAAGAAUAAUGUUGGUGAUGAUAAUAUAUAUCCUGUGUCAACUGUUAAAUUACCAAGUACAUGUGACCAUCAGGAGAGCCAAGAAAUUAGUGAGAUGACAAAAGAUUUCAGUGUUUGUGCACAAUCUUUCGGCCACUCGGCAAAAGCUAAAAGUAUAUCAGACAUAGUUUGUGGGCAGACGACGUUACCAGAAAUCUAUGGAGAGGAUGAGUCUGCCAAAGACUGUCUUUGAUGUUUCUCCUUUAAGAAACCAUUUAUGUCAUGGUUUUGACAUAGAAGAUACUACCUAGAAUAGGACCUAUCACAAGAAAAAGGAGGAAGCCGAAGAAAAUUUUUUGUAAUUCAUAAUUUACUAUAAUAUUUACAUCAAAGGGGUUAAACACAUCCGAUUUCCCCACCAGUCCUAGGAUCCGUAAAAUUGGAUCACCUUAACGGCCAUUACACGGAAUGUAUUCAUAUAAUGUGCAAGAAAGACGACUGAUUGUAUUUUUAAUGUUAUUUUAUCAUUCCUGCAAUCGGUCGACUUAAUUGUUCAUUGCAUAUUAUGUCUUACUUAAAAUUCUUAUAAUAUGGCCUUUUUUAAAACUGAUCAAAUCCAGUGUUGGCUGUAGAAAAAGAUAUCGACUUCAGUUAUUCUGCCUAUGGUAGAUGAAUACAGAAGUCGUAAAGUUUUAGUACAAAUAUCUUUUAUUUAGUUCAAAGAAGUCACCCCUCUCGUGUAUUUUCCUUCCUUUAUUAAUUAAAUACUAAUUUAAAACAAUAGAAAUUGACAAAAACAUAACAAAUAUAUGACGUCACUUAUUAUUCUUUUUUUUUUUUGUAAAUUAUCGAGAAAAAAUUUAGAAAGAAUGAUGCGAUUUGACAGCUUUAAAUAUUGAAAAAAUUCUUGGUAAUUAAUUUUCGUAAAUAUGUUUCAAUUUUAUUUAUUUAUGUUUCAAAAUAUUUUAUGACAAAUUUAAAAAAGAAAACAAUAUUCCUUUACAUUUCUUUUAAGUGAAAGAUUUUUGGAAAAUAUUGUGUGCGAAUAUAAAAUCAAUAUAAUUGUAAAAAAAUUUCGCUUUCUCCAUAUUAAAUAAUAAUAUGGUGAUUAUUACAAAUGAUCUUUUCAUCUUUAUACGAUAGCCGUCUUUAAAAAGUUCAAAAAUUGAUUUCUUUUGACAAAUAAUGAUUGAUAAAUAGGUACAAUUAUGAAAUUUAAAAGUUUGUAAAAAUCAUUCAUUUGUUUUAUAGAUAACAUUUUGUCCGUCGAUCAACCUCGUAAUAACUGCAUCAGUAGCACGCAAAUAUCUUUUCAAAGUUUUUGAACAGAGAAGAUAAUUUAUACCGUUAUACCGCAUUGGUAAUACGCUAUACAAUUACAGAGAGCGAUUGUAUCAAUCGUUAUGAUUCUGGCAAUAUACAGAAUAUCUGUUGAUGGUUUAGAAAAGUAUACCACAGAUAUGUUGUGGAAUCACAUAUGUAAAUGCACAUGUGUAGUGUGUCAAGGGGGGUGGUUACUGAUCUUUUCUAUUGUCAUAGAGGCUAUACAUUGUAAUAAACCAGUUGAUGAAUAUACAUAAAUUGGUUCGAUAAGUUUUGUGAUUAAAAUACAUUGAUAGAAUUUUGCAAAUUCUGACACGUAGAUUAAUGCAUUACAGUCUUCAAGUGUAUACUGAUAAACAUCAUAUAUAUUUCAGAUUUCUAA